UCCAAAGUGCUUGUGAUUUACACUGGCGGGACGAUCGGCAUGAAGCACGACGACGUGCUCGGCUACCAUCCGGUCAAAGGCUACCUGCCGGAGAGGCUGCGGUCAAUCGGGCGGUUCCACGAUCCAAACGGCUUUGACGACUUUGACCUGGAGUUCCAGCGCACCGGCAUGCACACCGGCAAUACACGCGCAGCGCCAACGGGCAGGAAAAGCGGCAAUGCUUCGGGCAUGGCGUCCAGGCAGGGGCUUUCAGUUUCGGGUCCUGACAGCUCGGAUCCGCGCGGCACGGGCACGCCCGGGCGGCUGUCAGAAUGGCUGAUCACGCCCCGAUCGAUGUAUGGGCGGCGCGUGCAGUACUGCUUCCUGGAGUACGACCCGCUGCUCGACUCGUGCAACAUGGACAUGACCGACUGGGUGCGGAUUGUCACGGACAUCGAAAAGUUCUACUACAUGUUCGAUGCCUUCAUCAUCCUGCAUGGCACCGAUACAAUGGCAUACACAGCGGGUGCGCUGAGCUUCAUGCUGCAGAACCUGGGCAAGUCGGUGAUAGUGACCGGCUCGCAGGUGCCCAUCGCCGAGGUGCGUAACGACGGCAUCGAGAACUUCCUCGGGGCGCUGACGGUCGCUGGGCAUUUUGUGAUUCCAGAGGUAACGCUGUAUUUCAGCAACAAGCUGUUCCGCGGCAACCGGUGCGUGAAAAUCGAUGCGAUGGACUUUGAGGCCUUUGGAUCCCCGAAUCUGGCGCCGCUGGUCAAGGUGGGCGUGGACAUUGAGGUCAACUGGCCCGAGGUCCUGCGGCCCAACUGCAUCAUGCCGUUCUGCGCCCACAAGCAGAUGAACUGCAAUGUGGCCACUCUGCGGCUGUUUCCAGGCAUCUCGGCUGCCGCCAUCCGCGCGUUCCUGGCACCGCCCAUCCAGGGAAUUGUCCUGGAGACCUUUGGCGCUGGCAAUGCCCCCGACACGAGGCCCAAUAUCCUCGAGGCCCUGGCCGAGGCCAGCGAGCGCGGUGUGGUUAUCGUCAAUGUCACGCAGUGCCAGCGCGGCAACGUGUCGGAUCUGUAUGCGACAGCUCGUGGCCUGACCAACGCCCGGGUGGUGCCUGGCCGCGACAUGACGUCAGAAUGCGCUCUGACCAAGCUCAGCUACCUGCUGGGCCGCGGCUUCUCACCAGACAAGUGCCGGGACAUGCUGAGCCGCAGCCUGCGCGGUGAGCUGACCAUUGUGCAAUCGCACAAGCGCCCGAUUUUCUCCUCCGGCCACGUGCGCUCCAACACCUUUGCGCAGUUCGUCGCCCGCCAGAUCCUCGACGAGACCCAGGCCAACGAGGCUGACCUGGAGCCGCCGGCCAUGCCAAUGUCGCCCAGUAUUGGCUCCAGCGAGUCGGAUCUACCCACAGUGACUGAGCGCGCGUCCAUCUACCGGUCGUUCUUUCCUGUUCUGCUGUGUACGGCGGCGGCAACCGGCGAUUUGCAGGGGAUGUACCUUCUGGAAUCAGCAUCAAAUAAUUUCCUGGAAGUCACGUGCUAUGACUACACCGGCCAGACGCCUCUGCACUGCGCGGUGCGCGCUGGCCAGCUGCCGUGCGCGCGCUUUCUGCUGAAGCGCGGCGCCAGCGUGCAUGUGCUGAGCCGCAUGGGUCAUACACCCCUGUUUGCAGCCAUCCUGUCGCGCCAUCCCGAGAUGGUCCAGUUGCUUGUAAAUGCCGGAGCGCAUUUCAGCGACGCCGAGACCAAGGACCUGAUGGUGAGCAUGCAGAAUGCGGUGACGCGUGGGGAUAUUGAGUUUGUCAAGCUGGCGGUACGUGCGGGGUUCAACCUUGACUGCACUGACUACGAGGGCCGCACUGUGCUGUUCUUUGCUGUUAUUGCUGGUCAGGUCGAGAUUGUCCAGUAUUUGCUG